AUGAAAGCGCUCUUCCACUGCAGAUUUACCGUGGCUCUACUUUUAGGGGCAAUAGCCGCACAGAGCGACGCCGCGCAAGAGGCUGACGUCGACGAGUGGCGCGCAGCACACCAACGCACAUCGGGAGGUGCCAUGAAUUCAUGUCCUCCACCAUGCCGAGAAGACUCAAAGUCAGAGGCAAAAUCAUUUCUCUACCCUGGUACUCCAGACCUGACACGCUGUAAUGAGACCAUGAUGUUGGACUUCGCCGUCCAAAACACAAAGAAAGACGGCACCGCCUGGCCAAUUGCAAUCAGAGCAUGCAAGGCCGAGUUCAACACAAAGUACGAUGCUUUCGUACCGGAUGACAACGUCGCGGCCAUUUGCUCAACACCAAAUCAUGAUGUCAUCAAGAUUUCCGUCUUCAUGGGAGAGCUCGAAUCCCCUGAGGGCAAGGAGUUCAACAACGAACACCUUGUAGCAGCAGGAAAACAGCUUCUCAACUCGCUUGGCGUGGAGAAGCCCUCAUGCACGCAGAACCUGCUGAGCUUUACAUACUUGCAAUCUUCCGUCGUCGGCUUCUUCGCUGGCCGCGAGGUACACCAGCACGGUGUGCCAGGCAACGUCCUCGACAGCUUCCUGAAGCAUAUCCAGGAGACACCCAUCUCCAAGCCGACCGUUGUCCAACUAUGUGAGGGUGGACGCGGUGCCGACUACGCCCUUGGUAUCAUUGCAGCCAGCGCUCAGGACCUUCCUCUAGCCCAAGAUGCAACCAAGGCAUGGUCUGACGGCCGUUGCGUCAAGGCUGACAACGCCGACGACUGGACCACUGUCAGCAUCAAAAUCCCAGCCACUGUAGGCUCUGGCAACAGUACAAGCACAAAUUCUUCCGGCGCUACUUCUGGGGACACGGCCCACAGCUGGAGCAAGUCUCGUCUUGUCGCUCGUGCCGACUGUAGGACGGCAACGGUCCAUCCAAACGAUGGCUGCUGGGCGCUUGCUCAACGGUGUGGCAUCAGCGAAGCUGCUCUAGCCCGCUUCAAUCCCGCGUCAAACUUUUGCAACACGCUCGUAGCCGACCAAAAGUACUGCUGCUCAGCAGGCACGUUGCCCGAUACCAUCCCUGAUGCCAACCCUGACGGCACCUGUCGUACCAUUAGCGUAGUAGCCAAUGAUGGCUGCGGUACUCUCGCGUCCAAGUGCGGCCUAGCACCGGCUGACUUUACCGAGCUUCACGAGGGCGAUGAAGACUUUUGUUCCACUUUGGCUGUUGGGCAACUCGUUUGCUGCACUCAUGGCAAGCUGCCCGAUAUCAGACCCAAGCCUGGCGCGGACGGGUCUUGCGCCACGUACACAGUCAAGAAGGACGAUGGGUGCGCCGCCAUUGCGAUUGCCCACGGCCUCGAGGAGGAGGACAUCAUGGACUUGAACAAGAAGACAUGGGGCUGGAACGGAUGCGAUCCAGACUCGCUCUUGGUGGGCACCAUAAUCUGUCUGAGUGAGGGCACCCCUCCUUUCCCUGCCUCUGUCGAUGGCGCCCAGUGUGGACCGACUGUGCCUGGUACCGAGAUGCCCGAGGGCAGCACUAGUGACGAAUGGGCCGAGCUCAACCCAUGUCCGCUUAAUGUCUGCUGCAACGUCUGGGGCAAUUGUGGUCUCAUGGAUGAGUUCUGUGUCAUAUCCGAGACCGAUACUGGUGCGCCCGGUACGUCGAAGCCCGGCGAGAAUGGAUGCAUCGCUAGCUGUGGUAUGGACAUUAUCAAGGGCGACCCGCCUGCCGAGACGAUCCAUGUCGCUUACUUUGAAUCCUGA